AUUUGACUGUAAAGUUAGUGCUUUCUGUAUGUAUUUGUUUCCAGUUUGGACUUGAAACGAUGAAUAAGGUGGUUUUGGUGACUGGAGCAAAUAGUGGCAUUGGCCUGGCCCUUUGUGAGCGUCUCCUCACCCAGGACACGGAGGGUCUGCAGCUGUGUCUUGCCUGCAGGAACAUGCGUCGGGCUCAGACUGCUCGCUCUGCCCUCCUCACCUCUCACCCAACAGCACAGGUGGCCCUGCUGCAGAUGGACACCAGCAGCAUGUCCUCCGUCAUCACUGCUGCACAGGAGGUCAAACGCAGGUAUAAGAGGUUGGAUUACCUCUACCUGAAUGCAGGCAUCAUGCCAAACCCACAGUUUGAUGUAAAAGCUUUUUUCAGAGGCUUCUUCUCCAGCAAUAUCAUCACCAUGUUGGCCACUGGCGAGGGGAUCCUGACGCAGAAGGAUGGAUUCACCUCUGAUGGUCUGCAAGAAAUUUUCGCAACCAAUCUCUUUGGUCACUUCCUACUAAUCAGGGAGCUGGAGCCAGUCCUGUGCCACGCAGGUCAGACCUCACAGCUGAUCUGGACCUCCUCCAGUAACGCUCAGCACUCAGCUUUUAAUCUCGAAGACAUACAGCACCAGAGAGGCACCCAGCCCUAUAGCUCCUCCAAAUAUGCCUCCGACCUGCUCAGCCUGGCGCUCAACACACACUACAACAAACAGGGUUUGUACUCAUCUGUGAUUUGUCCUGGUUUCGUGAUGACCAGCCUGACCUAUGGCAUCCUGCCCGCCUUCCCAGCAUUCCUCUGGACCCUGCUAAUGCCUCUCUUUUGGUUUAUAAGAAUGUUCACCAACACUUUCACCCUGACACCUUAUAAUGGAGCUGAAGCCCUGCUCUGGUUAUUUAAGCAAAAGCCUGAAUCACUGGACCCACAAGUCAAGUACCACAGCUUAACAUCUGGGCUGGGCAACAACUACACACAACCACAUAAGAUGGAUAUUGAUUUGGAAACGUCAGAGGCUUUGUAUGAGAAAUUACUGCAACUAGAAAGCGAAGUAAGGAAGAAACUGAGGGAGAAACAAAUACAAUCCCAGCAUGUCCCACAGUAGUCCUGCACGAUCUGGCUCAUCUUGACUCAUAUCACAUAGUUCUGGGACGCAGAGAGUUUCAUUCCUGUCUUGCAGGUCACUUGGGAGCAGCCUGCACACGGGCUGUCAGACCUCGCAGAAAUGAGACUCCUCUGCCCUACGCAACAACACACACGGCUGAAUUCAAAGCAGGGAUAAAAAAGUUACAGUGAAAUUAUGAGCAGCUCUAUAAGCAUUUUAAGUUUGAUUUGCUGUUUCCAUCUGUAUCAAGCACAAAUUAAAAUGCCUGUUGUGAUGUUUUGGGAAAGAGUUUACACAAAAAUUGAGCAUUGCCCGUUUUCAUCCACUUUAUUCCUCUUUUGUUCCUUUUCAGUCCAUUCACUCCAUAUAGCAUGAUGUUAUAUGAGGAGAACAACACAGCUUUGCAAAUAUGCGGACUUGGAUGGUGGUUUAAGUCACCAGGUUUUCAGCCUAGGCGGGGCAGGAGGGACUGUAUCCAACCUGGUUGUUAAUUCCAUGAUCCUCACGACAAAAUGCAGUGCAGUCUGACAGCAGACUAUUAGUAUCGUCCCUUAAGUUAACAUAAGUCGCCUGCGUGAACCCCUCUCCCCCUGCGGUGUACGGCGGUGCCGGGGGCCCGUGCGCACAGACGCACCUGAAAUUCCGCUCCGCGGGAUUUGAGGUGCAGCAGUCGUCUCCGUGCUCCGCUGCUUGUUUCCCAGUCCCGCACUCCUCCUCCUCCUCUGCUCCGCUCAGUUUCGGGUUGCAAAAAGCCCACACCAUCCCGCAGAAGUAGACGAAAAACGUGCCCAUGACCAUGACCAUGAGCGCGUAGGACUCUAUCAUGGCUUUGUUGACUGGAGAUGUCAUCUUUGGAUGCGCAGGAGUGAGAAUCGGUUGGUGCGCUCAGGAGGGACUGUCAGUGCGAGCUGCCAGACCCAUGUGGGCUGGGCCACGUCAGCUCCACUUGCUUCAGUAACAGAGACAAUAAGAAAAUACAUGAUUGCUUUUGAUGUCACCUUUCUACUUACACUGAAUUUAAAAAUAUCAGCAUUAUGACAGCUGUGUGAGGUCUGUGUGGGUCUAAUAAACCCAUUUUGAUAUUGUUAAAAAAAAAAAUAAAAGGUAACCUUGCACAUAAACAGCACUCCUAUAAUGAAACAUACAUAUUUAAACUCCUUAAUCCCCUUCAUUUUUGAGGAUAGAAUUUAAUAAAUCCAGGGGUAUGUGUGGAGAGUUGUAAAAGGAUUACCUCUCACAGGAGGAAAGCCAUAAUGUUUGCAGUAUUAAUUAAUAUUCAUCAAAUUGAAUUUCUUUUACUUUCAGAUUUUCCAUUUUUGGACCAAGAAUGGUAAAGUGUAUGAUUUAAUAUGACAUGAUCCUUAGGAACCACCUGCUGAUUCCUGCAUCACAGCUAAUGUAAUAAAGCCAGGAGGAACAGUGAUAAAGUGGGGAACAAAUCAGCAGAGCUUCAACGCCCUGGGAGACAGUCAGAAACUUCUGCCUAACGAGCUUAAUUGAAACUAUAUGGAUUUUAAAUUGAGACCAUUCAGGACAGAAUUUAUAAACACAGAUUAAGUUGACCAUAACUGGGGAAUUCUGCACGGUCACUUAGAAGAACACCAAUCGACAGACUCACUAUACCCGCUAAAACUUGUAUUAUUAAAGUCUAACUUUCAAUGCUGUUUGUAUUUGGUUGUCUCUACUGAGUGAAAUUGUACAUUUGUAUCUUUGUUACAAAGCAAGAUACAAACUGAUCUGAGGUCUUAAGUGCCUCGAGUCAGUUUGCCCCCCCCCCCUCGACAAUCACACAGGUCGAUGUUCCCUAACAAGCCCAUCAGCUGGCAGGGUUCGACGUUCCUUGUGAGGUCAAACUUCAGCACCCACAUCUCCCAAAAUACCAUCAAUGAUCAAUGAGACAUUCAAACUCAGUGCCUUUUUCUGGGGAUUCAUAUUUAACCCAGGAUUUAAAAACCAUCCUUCAGGCAUAAUAAAAUGUUAAGAUUUCAGAAUAAAACUAUAAUAUCCUAUGUGAAUGUUGCAUCAAAACCACUGGACACUUAUAUUUUCUAAAAUCAUUGUAAAAAUAUGAGUAAUAUUUUGUCUAUUACCUUUAGGAUUUAGAUUCGGCAGUACAAAAUUCUUAGGAUACUGGGAAUUUUCAAAUUAAAGUAAUUCAACUGAGCAUUAAAUCUUCUAUCACAUUAAGUGUUUAUUCUUUGAAAAAACUUAACAUUAACACAAACAUUGACAAAAAGUGACUGUAUUUCGUG